AUGGUCAGCCCGCAGUCCCAACAGCAGUUUCGGAAUAUGAAUGUAUUGGCACGAAAUUUCAAAACUAUUGAAAAGACCACGCUUUAUCUGGCAUUCUUCAUCAACGUUAUCCUGCUCUUCCACCGGGUACAAAUUAUGCACCAAGAAGCACCAAGUAAAAGUAAAGCAGAGGAUAAUGAAUCGGAUGAUGUGGAGUUAGUAUUCAUUACCGGUGUGGUGAUACCUUACACGUCGUACGAAGUGACCGGUUGGAUGCUGGCGCAGCUCUUGUACUGGUUGAGUGUUUUGCAUGCGAUCGCGUCAUUUGCCCUCUUGGUGUCCUUUUAUCAACUGAAGAUCCCACUGAUAACAUUUAAACGCGAGAAAGAAGUGGCACGUCGUUUGAUGUUUGACGGGUGUUGGCUUACCGAAGAAGAUGAUGAGGAGCGAACUUUAAUUAACACUGUCUUCUGGUAA